AUGCAGGAACUGAUGCGCUUUCAGCACGACCCCGCGUGCCGCGUGCUUCUAAUGGAUGGCACGGGCUCGCUCGGUCUCGACCUUUCCUUUGUGUCACGCGUCUUCCUCAUGGAGCCCGUGUGGGACCCCAGUGUGGAGGAGCAGAUGGUGUCUCGGGCGCAUCGCAUGGGCGCCUCUCGGCCAAUCACGGUGGAGACACUGGCCAUGGCAGGCACGCUGGAAGAGCACAUGCUACACAUUCUGCAGCACCUGCCUGACAGUGGAGCGCAGGCGAAGCAGAGGCAGGCAAGGGAGGCAGUGGCGCGCAACGCCAUUCUGCUCGCACUGAAGCUCGUCCGCACCGCCGACUCCUCCCUGCCGCUCUCGCCCUCCACAUCCACCUCCCCCGCAAAACCCCUCUCCUCCCAUCCCCUUUCCCGUGCCCAACCCCACACCUCCUUCUCCCAAGCCUUCUCCCCCACCAACCCCUUCUCCUCCGCCCACCCCCUCGGUUCCCCUACCCUCCUGUCGUCCCGCCAGUCCUUCCUUUCCUCCAACCUCUCACUCUCCCCUUCCCUCUCCCAGCCAGCAACUCCCCUGCAGCCUCCGGUCCCUGCUAGCCCUCUCAAUACACCCCUCCCCCCUGCUGCCGGGUCAGCAGUCAAUAAGUGCAGCCUGCUUCUCGCCCAAGGCCCAUCAGGGGAUGGCCAACAUGGGUCAACCUUUGUGGCAGGCGCAUGGGAGGGAGGUACAUAUGUUGCCAGAGAGGGCGUAUGUGAGGAAGGUAGACCUAGUGCAAGCAGUGAGGCUGCAGGGAACAGCAUGGUUCCCCUGCUUGGUGGGGAUGCCACAGCAGGCAGUGCAGCAAGGGCAGCGGAGGCAGGGGCAGGGGGUGUGGCAGGGACAGUUGCUGCUCACACUUUGGAUUCUUCUGUUGUUUGCGACAGAGGGGAAGGGGAGAAUGGUGCAUUUGCAGGGCAGGCAGGGGAGGGCUCUUUUGCAAUGGAGAAUGGAGGCGCAAGGGAGGAAGGGCGUGCAGAGAAAGAGGGGCAUUCAGAGGAGCAUUCAGAGAAAGAGGGGCAUUCAGAGAAGGAGGGGCAUUCAGAGAAAGAGGGGCAUUCAGAGAAAGAGGGGCAUUCAGAGAAGGAGGGGCAUUCAGGAAAUGGAACGGAAAGGGAUGGUUGUGAAACAGAAGAAAUGAGAUGCAGUGCUGUCACACAGCUCAGCAGGUCCACCAUUGAGGCACGUGCAGUGGGAGGAGCAGAAAGCAAGGUGAAUCGGAGAAGGCGAGUUGUUCGGUUUGCAGAUGAAGGUGUGCAACCGGCGCUGCUGGCUAGGGUGCUCAGACCAGCAGCUCAAUGA